CUCGAAUCCAAUGAUACCAUAGUCGCCCGCGGAUUUCUCCUUGCGCUUCCAUAUCUCGAGCGGCCGACUUGCAUACUAUGCGCCCCCUCGCACGCAGCGUGCUGCCCGCCCGACCGCUACUCAUCCAACGCGCACCGAACACCGCACGCCUGCAAUCGACGAGCUCGUCCAGCAAAGAUGCGGCUACCGCUGCCCUGAGCCCACGGUGGCUCUCCGACCUCAAGACGCGUGUUGGCAAAUGCAUCAAUUUUGGCAUAGACAAGGAGCAGGUGAAGGAAGCCGGAGACAUCUUGCACUAUGUCAAUUUCAACUGGAAAGAUUUGGUGGCAGGCAGCGAGGGCUUCCUGACUGGAAAGCACCGCUGGGGCCUUCAUCGGCAACAGGUCGCGUGGGGAGAAAUGGAUAGCAUGGGUCACGUUAAUAACGUAACAUACAAUCGGUGGGCGGAGAGUGCUCGAGUCAAUUGGGGCAUGAAUUUUGCCUCUAUGGAUACCGAGCACAGAGAUAAGUGGGAGGCUCUGGUAACGCCCAAGGGUAUUGGCAUGAUCCUGCGGAGCAUCCGUACUGACUACAAGUUUCCGAUCAAGUAUCCAGACCGUGUCACGGUAUUGCAUAAGCUUCGUUCGAUGCCGAAGGCGGACACGGACCACUUCAUCCUUGACGUGGUAAUACUCUCCGAGUUGCACCGGAGAGUUGCAGCGCGCUGUGUCGAAGACAUUGUCAUCUACGACUACAAAGCAGGGAAGAAGUCGUCCAUGGAGCCAUUCAUGGUCAAGAUGCUGGUGGAGACUUUCAACCUGCAAGAGCAGGCGAAGACGACGUACGGGAAUAAGGCAUUGGAGCUCAUUCGACGGGUACAAGCGCUCGAGAAGAGCUCCUGGGAUAGACCAGAUGCCAAGGAGGAUUUUGGCAGCGCGAUUCCAUAAAGCUUUUCUCAACGUGCCA